UCCGGCGACUGUCAGUCGCAUCGUUGAAGCAAGCCUUUUCACUCCCACGCACACUCGCAAAGGUGACGGUGGCAAGUGUGCUCACCGAGAACAGUUGAAUAACAAAAAGAAAAGUCAAAAUUGACAGCAAAAUAACUACGAUCCAGUGAAAAGAUACAACACAAAUUACUUUUAAGCUAUCGUGUGCUGAAAAACAUUAUUUAAUGGGUAGAACUGCGCUAAAAAUUAGAGAAGAAUGUGAUUUUCAUAAGUGAAUGACGAUAUGUGAAAUAUUACAGGCGUAAUAAAUCUUUGGCUUUCGAAUGAUGAGCGAAUAAAUCUUCAUGUGUCGAACAGGGCACAAGUGUUAAAGAGGUCACAUUUAUGUGCUAGUGCAAUGCGUACUUCAGAUAAAAUUCAUGGGAAUUUAUAUAUUUAUUUUAAUCACAUAUGAGAAAGCGUCCUUACUUGUGAUAAAAAAGAUGAAUGUAAAGUACUCUUACUACAACUUAGCUAAACUCUUGUAAAGUGUUAACUUCAACAACAAAAGCAACAAGCGCGGAUACUUAACAUAGUAAAAAAAAAAACAAUAACUCCAAUAAAGUAUACAGAAUGUUUGGAAAUGUGUAAAGAGAAAAUAGGUGUAAUUAUUAAAUUUAGGCUUUUAUUAUGUUGCUAAACUAAACACGUUAACUGUUUUAGAUCAGUGCAACGAACCUGAAAAAUAGGUUUUGCUAUAAAUAAAGAGUUGGGAAUUCGGAAGUUGAAAAUGCUGUGUUAUAAUUUAUAAUAAUUUAAAGUUGCAAAAUUUACAAACAACAAACAGCAAUGCGUAGAUUUUAUUAUUGUAAUUACCAAGAAAUACAAAAAAUUACCUUCCUACAAAAUUUAUAUUUCGAGGAUUUUAAAAUGAACAAAAUCAAUUUCCCGAGAGUCACGAGGCAGAUUUGCUUACAACUAUCAACGAUGGCGCUUCUACUCAUCCUAAUAACAAAUUUAGCGGCUUGGACGCAGGCCGCAGUUUUAACAGAUGGACAUAGAAUUGAUUGUGAGCAUUUUGAUGAAAAGAAUUGCACCAUUGAGGGUGAUUGCGCGAUCAAAACGGAACAUUGCAAAGCGGAGUCGGAUAAAACAUCUAGCUGUUAUGUACUAUGGACCAUGGAUAACGCUACAGGUGAAACCAAAAUUAAAAUGAAGGGUUGCUUUACGGAUAUGCAUGAAUGUAAUCAAACGGAGUGUGUAACUAGUGUGGAACCCCGAUCAAAUAAGUUAUAUUUUUGCUGUUGCAAGGGUUCUAUGUGUAAUUCAGCUCACAAAUGGAUUCCUACGACCACCGAGGCUACAACUCAAGUGCCAAAAGAAAAGACAACCGAUAAUACAAAUAUGAUUUAUGUAGUAGUCUGUGCAGUUGUGUUCGUCUUUUUGGCGCUUUUAUUAACGCCAUUCGCCUUUUGCUACUAUCGCAAGAGAAAACCAACCAAUUUUAACGAAAUACCAACGAAUGAAACGGAAGCUACAAAUGCCACGCCACUGCUCAAUAAUCGACCCAUACAUUUGUUGGAACUGAAGGCCAGUGGACGAUUUGGUGAUGUUUGGCAAGGCAAAUUGCAUAGUCAAGAUGUGGCCGUGAAGAUAUUUCGUAUGCAAGAGAAGGAAUCUUGGAAUACUGAAGUGGAAAUUUAUAAGCUGCCACGUAUGCGUCAUCCAAAUAUAUUGGAGUUCCUCGGUUGCGAGAAGCACACAGAAAAAAUUCAACUGGAAUAUUGGCUUAUCUCCGUCUAUCAUCCGAAUGGUUCCCUCUGUAAUUAUUUGAAAUCGCAUACGUUGUCUUGGUUAGAGCUGUGUAAAAUAGCUGAGUCAAUGUCACAAGGUUUAAUGCACUUACACGAGGAGAUACCGGCCAGCAAAACGGAUGGUUUGAAGCCGUCAAUAGCACAUCGUGAUUUCAAAUCGACAAACGUGCUUUUGAAGGGCGACUUGACGGCUUGUAUAGCUGACUUCGGUCUAGCAAUGGUCUUUCAACCGGGAAAAUCAUGUGGCGAAACGCAUGGUCAAGUUGGUACACGUCGCUAUAUGGCACCGGAGGUGCUUGAGGGCGCUAUCAAUUUCAAUCGCGAUGCAUUUUUGCGUAUCGAUGUAUACGCGUGUGGCUUGGUGUUGUGGGAGAUGGUGUCGCGUUGCACUGCUGUGGGACCUGUAGGCGAUUAUAUGUUGCCAUUUGAAGCGGAGCUUGGACUCCGUCCUACCGUUGAUGAGAUACAAGAUACUGUAGUCGCUAAAAAAUUAAGACCGCGCAUACUGAAUACCUGGCGUACACAUGCAGGCCUCAGCGUCUUCUGUGACACCAUGGAGGAGUGCUGGGAUCACGAUGCUGAAGCGCGUCUCUCCUCAUCCUGUGUCAUGGAGCGUUUCGCGCAAUUAUGCAAAUAUACGGCAACACCAUUGCUUAUCGAAAAUAAUACGAAUUGCGAAGAGGAGCGUUUAACAUCCAAUUGCUUAUAGGAAAGGUAUUAAAUCACUUCGAUCGAUCAUGACUGAAGUGAUUGCCUGCCAGAGCAUGAGAACAAGUGUAAAAGUUUGCUAAAAAUUUACCAUUACAUACAUCUAUAACAUUAAGUCCAUAACAAAACAAUUAAAUUCGUAAGUUCAUUCUAUAUGAUAUGCAUAGAUACAUGCUUUCGAAUGUAUACAUCAUAUCCACAACUCGUUUAAAUUAAAUUAAUACAUUUUAAAGUGUAUAUUGAAAUAGUUUUACGAACAGCAAAUAGUCGGUAAAGUAGUAGCAUAACAAAUUUAGCUUACAGCUUAAAGUUGAUAGUUUAUAAGCGAUAGCAGUAAGUUAUAUACACGUAUGUAAAUAUAAUGCAAACAUACCCACAUACACAGACAAAACACACAUAAUGAACCUUAAAGAAAAGUAAGGAAAAUAGCAAAAAAUGAUUUUUAUGUUAAAAGUGCAAAAGAAAUAUAAUACAUAAACACAUAAACACACACAUGCACACACCCAUACACACAUACAUACAUACAUGAACACCCUCACCUACAUACAUAUACGUGAUUAGAAAUUAUACGACUGACAAAACUGCUAAGAAAACAAAAAUGAAUUAAAUGAAUUAUUAAUGUUACUGCUCUACCUUUAUCUACAAUGAUAUUAGUUAAUUGUAUACAGUGAACGCUGAUUUUAUCGCUAUACAUGCAUAUUUAUAGCCAAACAAAUGUGUAACUAUAAAUAUUAUAUAUGUAAGUUUGACAAUAUUAAUUUGCUGAGUUUGUAUUAGAUAUGAUUUCUGUGCCUUUUUCUGUUAUCUAAUUAUAUAAUUCUACUCCAAUCAUCUAUUUUUGUACUUUGUACUGCCAUUUGUGAUGUUUUUUCUUACAUAACAUACAUAUAAACAAACUUAUAUAGCAUAUUUACGACAAAA